UGGUGGCGCCAAAGUUGAGUUGUGCUGAGCAAAGUAUACUGACAUAAUAGAAGCCAAUCACAAUAUACGUUUCCAAGGAUUUCCUAUGAAUGGCAAGAAGCUGAUCCAAUCAAUGACAACCUGCCGAAAAAAUAACCAAUGGAAAGUGUCAGUAGUUGUAGAUGGGCGGGCUUAAAUCUUAUCAUAGGGAGAGGGCCGAGUACUAGUUUCAAAGCGGAAAGAAAAUGGCGGCCGUGGCUGCGGAGCCAGGAGCUGCUGCUGCGGCAUCAACAACAGCGGGGGACGGGCUGGAAUACGAGCCCGAACCAGGAGAGCAUGUGGCCGACCUAGAGGCCCACUCAACGCAGGACUUCGCCCCGGAAAUGGAGCUUUGUCAUCAACCCACGGAUGUGGAUGCAGUUCAGGAAUGCAGCCAGGUCCAAAUGGAAAUCAGAAGGCCGGACCUUCAAGCCGCGCGAAAAGCCCUCGCUGCCCAUGCGGACGGUGAGCGCACCGAAACGGUGGGUUCCUGGGUGUGCGUGGAUGCAACCGAACAGCCCGUGCUUACGGACUACAGAUAUACAAGCGUUUCUGAGUACGGGGAGCGCUUGAAAGAGCCCUUCUCGCCCAAGGUAGAGGCUGUAAACGAGGUCAGUCCUUUCGAAAGCAGCCCCUGCCUUCUCCCCGACUCUCAGCCCUCCGUGGUCUUCUUGCAUUCCCUGCCCGUUCAUCCGUCGGAACCUGAGCCAGGACUGUCCCUUGCCGAGCCGGCCGAACCGACUGUCGAAUAUGACUCGAAUCCCGAAUUAACACAUCCUACUGACUUAGAGUGUGAACUGAUAGGCUUCACGCAGCCGGACCUGGAGCCCGAACCUGCAAAUGAUGCUCCCGCAUCCGAACUCAAAGCUCACGAGGAUGCCUUCCACGACAUGCCUCACCCGUCUGAUCAUCUGGACUCUCUGUCCAACGCGGAGGAAACCUCGCUGGGAGAAUCGGUGGGACAGAGCUGCAUUAGUGACUUUUCAACUGUCUCCAGUAAGGACUCAACUGAACUUCCAGCAGUGGUGGAUCAGUUGCUCAUCUCAUCUUCAGAACCGGAGGAGGUGCACUCGCAUCCUCCUCUUCAGCAAACGGACCUCAGUGAACUCGAAAGGACAGAGGAGUCAGAGACGAAACCCCCGGCUCCGUGUUCUGAGCCGAACACGGUGGACCGUCUGGUGCUCGGGUCAGAGGUUCGAGUCUCACUGGAUCACAUCAUCGAUGAUGCGCUUGUGGUGUCGUUUCGCUUGGGCGAGAAGAUCUUCUCCGGGGUGCUCAUGGACCUUUCUAAAAGGUUUGGACCUUAUGGAAUUCCUAUAACUGUGUUCCCCAAGAGAGAGUACAAGGACAAACCAGAAUCUAUGCAGCUAAAGAUGGAAGCAUUCCAGGCGGAGACAGAUAAGGGUGUCGCUCAAGGACCUACUGAUGCCCCAGUUAAGGACCCAGUGAAUGCUCCUGAUGCCCCUCGGAAGGACCCUGCUGAAGCUCCUGCAGUGCCCCAGCCCUGUCCCAAACCUCAAUCCCACCCAUGGACCUCAAAACCACCUCCCUUGUUUCAGGAGGGGGCCCCUUAUCCACCUCCGUUGUUCAUCAGGGACACCUACAACCAGUCGUUACCUCAGCCUCCACCCCGCAAAAUCAAGCGGCCCAAGCGAAGGCUGUAUAGAGAGGAGCCCACUUCUAUAAUGAAUGCCAUCAAGCUCCGACCAAGACAAGUUCUGUGUGAUAAAUGUAAAGGGGCUGUGGUGCAAGGGGACAAGCGUGAGACCCGCAGAGGCCCCAUCUCGGACUUCCGGAGUGAUGAUCCUAAAAGACGGCGCAAUGACAAUACAACGGCAGCCGCUAGUAAGCGGCCCCGUAGUGACCUACGCUCUGAUGAGAAGAGCCGUGGUACUGAUGGGCCUAAGCGACAGUCCUCCACUCUGGGCCACAGUCAGGUCAAAGGUGCAGCUGCAGGGAACAAAGUGGUGAAGGGAGUGUCCAAUACAACAUCUUCCUCGGCCAAUGCCCGAGUGCAGCUCAAUGCCAAAAAAGUGCUUCAGAGCAAAAAUGUUGACCACUCCAAAGCACGAGAGGUGCUAAAGAUGGCCAAGGAUCAGAGAAGGCAGAGAGAGACAGUCACUGGCAGCAGUGGGAACUCUAAGGCCAUGACCAGGUCCGCUGCUCUCCAGGAAGCCCACCAGAAGGUCCACUUUACCAGACGUCUACAGCAGAUCAGUGGAGGAGGUCCAGGUUCCAAUCCCCUGCCACCCAGGAUGCGCAUCAAGCCCCAAAGGUAUCGUAACGAAGAGAACGAUUCUUCUUCAUGUAAGCCACCUUGCUUGGAGAAAGUGCCGGGAGGGGGCCGUUUAGUGCUGCCUAAACCAGCUACGCCCCGCUGCACCUCCACACGCUCCUCCUCCUCCUCCUCCUGCUCUGCAAGCCAAGCCGCUACCACUGUAGAGCCCCAGGGGCCAGACAGAGUGCUUGAGUCCCUGCUGAGCCAGGCCCAACCUGAGUCUCAACCGCAACCCCUCCCAGCCCCGGAAAACAGGGAACCCCAGGCUGAGCCAGAGGAACAGGAGGGGCGGGAGGAAAAGCGGGAGACGCGUGGGAGCAAGGCUGGCAACCUAGUGGUCUACAUGACCCUUAACUCAAGCCAGCCUGACUCCUCUAGUACCUCCAUCUGCAGCAUCGAUAGUGCAGAUGACUUAAAAUCUUCAAACUCUGAGUGUAGCUCUACCGAAACUUUUGAAUUCCCCCCUCCCGGUGAUUUGCGAUCGGCCCCUGCCCCUGGCACAUCCUCCGCUUUUGCCUCUGCCUCUCCCUCUGCUCCUAAGGAUGACAAAAAGCGCAAUAAAUCCCUCAAAGCCACAGUCUUUUCCAAAAACGUCUCAAAGUGCGUUGCCCUGGAUGGCUGGACAAUUUGCGUAGGGGACAUUGUUUGGGCCAAAAUACUUGGCUUCCCCUGGUGGCCCGCACGCAUCCUAGCCAUCACAGUGAGUCGCAAAGAUAAUGGGCUCUUAGUCAGGCAGGAGGUCCGAGUCUCCUGGUUUGGGUCGCCCACUACUUCCUUUCUGGCAAUUAGUCAACUUGCCCCCUUCCUAGAAAACUUCCAGUCUCGCUUUGACAAGAAGAGAAAGGGCCUGUAUCGUAAAGCCAUCACAGAAGCCGCCAAGGCUGCCAAGCAGCUCACUCCCGAGGUUCGCGCCUUGCUAACUCAGUUUGAGACGUGAGGUGAUGGACGUGGUAAGGUAGGCAAAACAGGCGAGUUGGCCCCGUACCCCUUCUGAAACCUCUCAAACUUUGCUGUACUCAGUCAGCUUCCAGAGUUAAACCCAGAAAGCUUAAGCCAGGCAACCAGGACUAAUUUAUUUUUGUUAAAGGCAAAAGAAGGGGAUAGAAUUGAUUAACUGAAAGGAAACGGUUGUCAUGUUGAGUAUCGGAUGUUCAUCUCUAUGUAACCAUCCUUUUGAUCAUAGCAUAUCAUCUUACAAUUAUUAUACUGAAACCUGAUAGCAUAAUUUUAGAAAAAAGUUUUAUGGGUUUAUAAGUUCCCUUGCUUUAAGAUUGCCUUGAAAUUGUUGUCCAGCUAUGUAGUAUCAGAAUCUGAAAGUUCCACAAGGGGGAAGAGUGAACACAGGAGAAUAUUUUUAUCUAACUUAACACAGUUAAUUCUGCCAUUAGGAUGUUAAGAGAAAGUGUUAUAGGUUCACAGUGUCAGAGCAUCCCUGCUGCAUUUCUUCAGUGUUCUAUAGAAUUUGGAGCCUCUGUCUAAUCUCCCUAUAAUUAUAUGACCUACAUUUUGUUUCUUUUAACAUGGAAGUUGGUGUAAAUGUAAAAGAUGGCCCUAUUGAGUUCAGUGUCUCGCUCAGGUAGAAAAAAUGGCUUAAUUGGUGCUGACCUUUCUCAUAUGCUCUGAGACAACUAAUCCAAGUCCAGUGAUCUGAGCAGACGGCUGUUGAUCUAGGUGUGGCUCUUGGCCAGCCGUGGCUUUGCAGGCAGUUGAGCUGGUGUUAUAUGGGAGGAGCCUUUAGACCGAAGUCACCUCAAGUGCCACUGUGAGGAGAGCACAGGGACUCUGUAAACACAGAGAGUACAACCUCAGACACGGAGAAACCUGCCAGCCUAUCUGUGUGUCUUUCCCCACCACUCGCAGCUACAACAUCUGCUCCCCGAGCUCAUUCUUCCCUAAUCUAUUUGCCCUCUUCACAGCUUCUUGUUCUUUUCCUCCACUUGGUUUGCUGUCUUACAGAACCCCCCCCCCCCCCGCCCCGCUGGUGUAUGUUUGUGUAUUAGACUGUUUUAUAUGUAUGUCUAAUUUUCGCAAAAAUGUUCCUGUUGUUCAGCCAACCCACCAGCCUCCCCUGACUUGGUUUUUGCAUGGAUUUGGGAGUGCAUAUGUGUUUUAAAUGAGCAUUUAUUUGAUGGCACCAUAUGUUUAUCCAAUUUAGGCUUAUCACAUCAAGAAACAAACUCUAAUUAUUUAUGUAGCUGCAGUGGAAUUCCGAAAUCGUAUAUUAUGAGUUCAAAUAAAUUCAUAAAUGAAAACAUUUGUCGGCUGUGGUGUCCCGCUGCAAAAGUGGGGCGUUAGAGCACAAGGCAGCAGUUGUGAAUGAGUCAUGUGAAUAUGUUCAUCAUAAUUAUCGGUCAAGCCUUUGGCUGGUUUAGUUGUUCAGUGAUUAUACUGUUUCCAGUAUUCAUUGUCUCUCAGCUAAAAUGUUUUGCUAAGGAUUAUUGUUUUAAAUUUAUUUGUUGUGCCUGAACUUUAUUUUCUGUUAUUUCACUAUUUGCAUAAUAGGGCUGAAGGUCUGGAGUACACAUUUGUAUGUAAAGUGUUAAAAAAUUAAUGUUGCCUGAUUAAUUGGAAGAAAAAUGUUCUGACUCUUAUUUCAAUGCUGAGAACAAACGAUUUUAUUAGUGUGGAUGAGCAUUUUUUUUAUUUUUAUUUUUUGUUCUUAUCUGUAAACAUGGUUAUGUCCUUGCAUUGCAUACCCAUUAGCAUCUUAAAUUGUUCAGUUAUAUGUACACACCCAAGAAGGGACAUACUGUAAGAUAGCCUAGUCUUUCCACAUAUUACUUAGCAGGUAGAGAUCAAUGGCUUGAGGAAGAAAAAAAAAAAAAAAGAAUGCUUGGUAGACCACACUGACUGACGGAGGAGUAAUAAUGGUGUUUAAUUUGGUGGUUGGCUUUGCUUAAUUUCAGCAUCUUAUUUUUUACUUUUAUUAUUUCUAUCUGUUUGCAGGUCAGAGAAUGCUGUAAAACCAUUGAAAAAAAAGUAACAGUUGAAGAUAUUGUGUACAUGUUUUCUGAUGUUUUAAGAGUAUAUAAAUAAACUGUGAACUUCAAGAA